AUGCCCCAUAAUACUGCCAGGGCUGUGAUUAGGAUGCGUCUUGCCAUCCUUUUCCUUGCCAUCACCUGGCUGGCUCUUGCCGGUCUCAGUUCCGCCACUGUACGCUUUGCGGUCAUCCUGCGAGACCGCGCAAAAUCUGACCUCGUCACCUCCAGGGACUCUAUUUUGGACAUCACUUUCCAAAACCUCAUGGACAACGUCGUCGUGGGCAUGGUGAUUGUGACACUGGUCUCAGCCCUGCUUUCCAUCUUCGGAUUUCUCCUUGUAAUCUACCCGAAGGGACUACAAGAAAACAGCACCGCUCGAUUCUACUACAUUUGUAUUCAAAUCGUUGCGAGCGUGAUCGUUCUCUCCUUAGGGGGUUAUGUUGCCAGCCACGUUCACGGCUUUCAGACAGCCUUUGAAUUUUUUGACAGUGCGGGCCACUUUCCAUACUACAAAAUUAUGUAUUAUGGAGCCGUCAGCCAGGCCGCCUUCGGAUCUGGAGUCGUCACCAUGUCUGUUGUGUGUGUUUUCAUAGGUGGCUUAUGCGGUCACUAG